AUGAUUCAACCGUAUUUCCCGAAAUACCAAUCAAAUAGCUGCACACCCCACGUGACAGAAAUAGCGUCCGUUGUUUAUAAAAACCGAGUAGAGAGUCUGGGAGAAGAGCAUUUCGUGAUAUUUUCAACGGAAACAAAGCAAAGAACUUUACGUGCGAUAUUUCUAGAGUUCCGUUUCUUGUGUGUUUUAGUGAUUUUAUUAGUUUCAUUAAGAAUAAAUCGGCAAAAAUGGCUGAUUUAGCUGCAAAGAUACCCACAUCUGUUGACCGUAAGUUAUUGUAAUCAUUAUUUAUUGCAUUAAACUGUGUUGUGCUACUAUAAUAGUACAAUAAUAUAUUAGCUUUUUUUAUUAGCAUCAUUAUUACACCAAAAUAGUAAAUACCAAAGAUCCACC